AUGGUUUGUGAGUGCCACAAGGACUGCAAGAAUCUAGCUACCGGUCUCUGCUGCGUUAUCCCAUUCGGGAGUUUUGAUCCCUCUGUAGAGGGUCACUUAGUCAUUGAAGAGCUCAACAUGGAAUUCGAGGUAGCACCUGGCGUGCCAAUCUUCUUCCCUUCAGCAUUGUACACUCACUACAACACCGAGCUGAUAAACUAUGGUGUUCGUGGGUCUUUUGUUGCCUGGACUAGCGGAAUGAUCUUUCAAUACGUGGACUUGAACUUCAGAGCAGUGAAGGAUUUGUCAAAGCAGGAGGAGAAGGAUUAUAGAGUGUCGGUGAAGGCUAGGAUUGAUGCUGGCUUGGCACUGCUGAUGUCUUAG